GAUUUAAAUUGAAGCGAACGUUUGAAGCGUGCAGAAGCAAAGGCAAAAAUCUCGCCGAAAGUCGAGAAGUGGAAAUAACAACAAGAAGAUUUAUAAAAACAAUACUAAAAAAGAGCAAGAACAAUUACAAGUGAAAAGUGUAACAAAAGAACAUUCACAAUGCAAACAAAUACUAGUGCACAAAGUGUGAGCCUCGCUCUUGGGCUGCUCCUGUUGCUGAUGCUUUGCCUGAUCAGCUCCAGUACUGGCUACGCCAUUGGCCAGUCCAAGUUUGGCAAAAUCGAAAAGUUCCCCUACCAAGUGAUGCUCAUCGGCAAGCAGCUGUGGCGCAAACGCAUUCUCUGUGGCGGCACACUCCUGGACAAGCGUUGGGUUCUCACUGCCGGCCAUUGCACGAUGGGCGUCACCCACUACGAUGUGUAUUUGGGCACACGCAGCGUCGAGGACACCGAACAGUUGGGCGGUCUCGUCUUGCGCUCCAAUAAAUUCAUUGUGCACGAACGUUUCAAUCCCGAGACGGCGGCAAAUGACAUUGCGCUGGUUAAACUGCCGCACGAUGUGCAGUUCACAUCACGUAUACGACCCGCCACCUUGCCAAGCAACGCCCAGCGAUUGGAUCAGUUUACGGGCAAGAGUGUGGUGGCCAGCGGUUGGGGUGCCACCGUCGAGAUGACCAGCUCCGAUGCCAUGCAAUACACCGAACUCAAGGUGAUCUCUAAUGCGGAAUGCGAUGAGGAAUACGAUGUGGUCACAGCUGGCGUGCUUUGCGCCAAGGGAUUGAAGGAGGAGACAGUCUGCACCGGUGACUCGGGUGGUCCACUUGUCCUUAAAGGCACCCAAAUGCUGGUGGGCAUCACGAGCUUUGGCCCAGCCGAUGGUGAGGCGGGAGGCGGAUGCGAUCGCACCACAGUUCCCGGCGGAUUCACGCGGGUCACUUACUAUCUGGACUGGAUCGAGAGCAAAAUUGGUGGCCAGUCACACCUGCAGACGCACAACAGUCAGCAACAUCAACAUCAUAAGUAUCGGGAUGACAAUCUUAUUUAGAUAAUCUUUAGAGAGAUGUUAUGGCUUUGUGAUCUGAAACUCUGACUGAAUCGUUUAGCUUUAUUUUUGAUUUACUUAUACUUUUGAUAUAUCAAAAUCAGAUUUUGAUCGUGUGAUAUUUGUGAAUACUCGUCUCAGUUUAGCUAAUUUCCAAAUUGCAAUCAUCAUGAAUUUGUUUCUAGUUGAUAACUAUUUAAAUAUCUAUUAUUUAUUCUAAUUGUAAGACAACAAAAGCUGAAGCUUGUAAGAGCGAAAAGAAAGCAAGUUGAAAUGAAAAAAACAAGAAACAACAAAAAAACCAAGAGUUGAAAGCACAUUUCAAACAACAAUAAUAACAAACAAACAAAUAACAAAAAACCAGCCCGAU